AUGUUGAACAUGUCAAAGUGGAUAAUAGUUAUAGCUUUAGCUGUGGUAGUGGCUGGAAAAGCUACUGAAAAACCUAAAUCCGAUGAUGUUAAGGAUUCAGCUAAGACCAAAAGAGGUUUGACCCUUGGAUCUGGAAUUGGAGGAGGCAUCGGAGGAGGAUUAGGACACGGUGGAUUGGGUGGAUUAUCUGGUGGACUUUCAUCUGGAUUGUCUCAUGGUUUGUCUGGUGGAUUGUCCGGCGGAUUAGGUGGUGGAUUGUCUGGUGGAUUAGGUGGCGGAUUGUCCGGCGGAUUAGGAGGUGGAUUGGGUGGAGGAUUAGGAGGUGGAUUAGCCGGUGGAGUCUCUGGUGGUGUGACCCAAGUUAACACUCAUCGUACCGUAACCGUCACCAACCAAGUACCAGUACCCUACAACGUUGACCAAUACGUUCCAGUUCCAGUCAACAGACAAGUUCCAGUUCCAGUACCCGUCGAAAGACAAGUUCCAGUCGUUGUCGACCGUCCCGUACCAUACACCGUUCAAAACUACGUACCCGUCACCGUCGAAAGACGUGUGCCAUACCCAGUCACCGUCUCCAGACAAGUUCCAGUACCAUACACCGUAGACAGACCAGUACCAUACCCAGUCGAAGUCUCCAAGCAGGUUCCAAUCCCAUACACCGUCGAGAAACACGUACCAUACCCAGUCGAAAGGAAAGUACCAUACCCAGUCACCGUCGAAAGAAAAGUUCCAGUUCCAGUACCAUACAAGGUCGAAGUCGCUAAACAAGUACCCGUGCCUUACACCGUCGAAAAACCAGUACCAGUAAAAAUCGAAGUUCAAAAACAAGUACCAGUACCAUACCCAGUUCACGUUCACAAGAAAGUACCAGUACCGGUUCACGUCGAAAAGCCAGUACCAUACCCAGUAGAAGUACAGAAACAAGUACCAGUACCAGUUCACGUCGACAAACCCGUACCAUACCCAGUAGAAGUAUCCAAAACCGUACCAAUUCCAUACCCAGUAUCUGACCACAGCAGCGUAAUUGGAGGUUCAUUGGGCGGUUCUUUGGGUGGUUCUUUGGGAGGAGGUUCCUUGGGUGGUUCCAUAAGUCAUGGUAUUGGAAACAGCAUCGAACACGGAUUACACGGUGGUCUCCUUCACUAA